CUUCAUCGUGCUUUUAUGUUUUCAGGAACCAAGAAAUCCAUGUGUCCAUGCACAUGGGCUAUGCAAGCCAUUUCAGUGCUUGCGAAAUCCAAGAAAUCGUCUUAAAGGAUAUAGUUGUGUCUGCCCAACAGGAACCCGCAGCAUGAGCUAUACCAAUCCUGAGUGCGUGAACAUCAACGAAUGUGUCGAGUUGGUAAAUCCAUGCCUUAACGGCGGCACUUGUGUUGACUUGGAUCCAUCAGUUCAGGUUUUGAAGGAGAAUCCUGGCCAACCGAUGGGAUACGAUAUACGACGCCGAAAAUGUCCAAUUCAAAACCGCUGUGACGGUCGCGAGACUGAGACCAUCCGUUGUCUUGCCCCUGUAUUUGACUGUACCGAAUCUCGUGGAGAAGUUGAUAUUGUCCCGCAAGGCUUGGGAACAAAAAUUGUCGAAUCUUGGGGUAUCGGUUGGACAGCGGGUGAUGAUCGAAAACUCAAUGAUCCCUUCUUCUGGUCUGAAUCAGAAGAUGGUGGAGCAAACGCAUACAUGAGGAAAGAGCAGUUCAGUGUAUUCAACUACAUCCUGUGGACAGUUACGGCCCAUCUGUCUCAGAAUUGGUCUUUGUCUGGAAUGAUGAUAGUAUACUCAGUUGGUUUGGGGCUAGCAGCCCUACCAAUGCUGUUCAUAGUUUUUGGGGUUUGUCGUCUGAUUCAGCAGUUUAUUCAGCGUGAUAGAUCGAGUGAAUAGUUCCG